GCCUACCACCUGUGUGGGCGCUGUAGUGGGGGAAGCCAGAUCGUGACAGUCAGUCAGCAGCGGGGCUGUAAACAUGGCGGCGUGCACGGCUACAGGGCUGUGCCCCAAACCCCGUUGCUCCUAGGCUACGAACACGGAGACACCCCAAACAUGGAGACCGAAGAGGAGCAACACAUCACCACGCUCCUCUGCAUGGGCUUCCCGGACCCCGACGUAAUAAGGAAAGCGCUCCGCUUGGCCAAGAACGACAUCAACGAGGCGGUCGCGCUCCUGACCAACGAAAGCCCGGGGCUCGGCUACGGAUAUGAGCCCAUGGAGAGCGGGCCUGCCCCCGCCUUGAGUACAAGCGGCGACGGGGAGACGGGCGGGAGAACCGGUACGGGGGGUUUCGAUCCCCCGCCGGCUUACCACGACGUCGUUGACGGAGAGAGGAGCAACGAUGAGAACGGAAACUGCUCCGGCAGCAGCAGCAGCAGCAUGGAGUUCCCCACCACCAACUUGUACGAGCUGGAGAGCCGAGUGUUCACCGACCACUGGUCCAUUCCGUACAAGAGGGAGGAGUCGUUGGGCAAAUGCCUCAUCGCCUCAACUUGCCUCGCCCGGCACGGCCUCGCAGACGCCGACGAGAACUGCAAGAGGUUCAUGGAGCGCUGCAUGCCGGAGGCCUUUAAAAAGUUGCUGACCAGCACCGCCGUGCAUAAGUGGGGCACGGAGAUCCACGAGGGAAUCUACAACAUGCUGAUGCUGCUGGUGGAGCUGGUGGCCGAGCGGGUCAAGCAAGAUCCGGUUCCCGUCAAUCUGAUGGGUGUCUUGGCCAUGGCCUUCAACCCGGACAACGAGUACCAUUUUAAGAACCGGAUGAAGGCGUGUCAGAGGAACUGGGCUGAAGUGUUUGGAGACGAGGCCAACAUGUUUGCAGUUUCUCCCAGCAACUCUUAUCAGAAAGAGCCGCACGGUUGGCUGGUGGAUUUAGUCAAUCAAUUUGGUGAGUUGGGAGGAUUCACCGCCAUCCAGACGAAACUCAACGCGGAGGAGAUUGAAAUAGCUUGUGUCUCUGCUUUGGUCCAGCCUCUCGGCGUUUGUGCCGAAUACCUCAACUCCAGCCUUGUCCAGCCGAUGCUUGAUCCAGUCAUCCAUAAGAUGAUCACAUAUGUACAGAACCUGGAGGAAAAGGACCUCAAAGACAAGCGGCUAGUGAGCAUCCCUGACCUGUUGUCGGCCAUCAAGCUGCUGUGUAUGAAGUUCCAGAGAGAGAUGGUCACCGUGGUGGAUGACCUGCGGCUCGACACGUUGCUGCGCAUGCUCAAAACGCCCCAUUUCUCCACCAAGAUGAACUCCCUCAAAGAGGUGACAAAAUUAAUAGAGGAGAGCACGGUGGCAAAGACUGUGAAGAAUGCCAUAGAUACGGAUAAACUACUGGACUGGCUUGUGGAGAACUCUGUUCUGUCAAUAGCGCUAGAGGGCAAUAUCGACCAGGCUCAGUAUUGCGAGAGAAUAAAGGGAAUCAUCGAGCUGCUGGGAAGUAAACUCUCCCUGGAUGAACUCUCCAAAAUCUGGAGGAUACAGGCCGGCCAGUCGUCAACUGUGAUCGAAAACAUUCACACAAUCAUCGCCGCCGCCGCGGUCAAGUUCAGCUUCGAUCAGCUCACUCACUUGUUUGUGCUCAUACAGAAGAGCUGGGAGGUGGAGAGCGAUCGCGUCAGGCAAAAGCUGCUCAGUCUGAUCGGGAGGAUCGGCAGGGAGGCGCGCUCUGAAACCACCACCGGCAAGGUGCUGGAGGUCCUUUGGGAGUUGGCUCACCUCCCCACGCUGCCCACCAGUCUCGUUCAGCAGGCUCUGGAGGAGCACCUGGGGAUCUUGAGCGACGCCUACGCUGUCAAGGAGACCGUCAAACGCAACUACAUCAUCAAAUGCAUCGAGGACAUCAAAAAGACUCAAGGGGACUCAAAAGGCAGCGACACUCAAAGUUCAUUUCUGUCCGGCUCUUGGGGAAAGCGGAAAUCUCUGUUGGUGAAAGCUUCUCAGCCGAGCAGCCCUCAGGCAGUUUGGGUGGUACCCGCCCUGCGUCAGUUGCACGAGAUCACCCGCUCCUUCAUCAAGCAGACCUACCAGAAGCAAGACAAGAGCAUCAUCCAGGAUCUGAAGAAGAACUUUGAGAUCGUCAAGCUGAUCACGGGUUCCCUCGUUUGCUGCCAUCGGCUCGCGGUGACCGCGGCGGGAAACGGUUGCCUGUCCGGCUCCACCAUGGUGGACGGAAGAUACACCUACCAGGAGUAUCUGGAUGGCCACCUGCGCUUCUUGGCCUUCUUCCUCCAGGAGGCCAGCCUCUACCUGGUCUGGAACAGGGCCAAGGAGAUCUGGGAGUGCCUGGUGUCCGGCCCGGAUGUUUGUGAACUGGACCGUGAGAUGUGCUUUGAGUGGUUCACCAAAGGCCAACAUGAUCUGGAGAGCGACGUCCAGCAGCAGCUCUUCAAGGAGAAGAUCCUGAAACUGGAGCCGUAUGAGAUCACCAUGAACGGUUUCAACCUGUUCAAGACCUUCUUUGAGAACGUCAAUCUGUGCGAUCAUCGACUGAAACGCCAAGGAACCCAGUUGUGUGUGGAACGGCUCGACCUGGCAGGGAUGGACUUUAUCUGGCGUAUCGCCAUGGAAACCCCCGAUGAAGAGAUAGCCAAUGAAGCCAUUCAGCUCAUUAUUACAUACAGCUACACCAACCUCAACCCCAAGAUGAAGAAGGAUUCCGUAUCUUUGCACAAGAAGUUCAUCGCCGAUUGUUAUAAGCGACUCGAGGCAGCCAGUUCGGCCUUGGGCGGCCCUACUUUGACCCACGCCGUGACUCGAGCCACCAAGAUGCUGACGGCCACCGCCAUGCCCACGGUGGCCACGUCUGUACAAUCACCUUCCAGAUCCACUAAGCUGGUCAUAAUAGAAAGACUGCUGUUGCUGGCCGAACGCUACGUCAUCACUAUCGAGGAUAUGUACUCGGUUCCUCGCACUAUACUACCUCACGGGGCUUCGUUCAACGGACACCCCGUCACUCUUCACGUCACUUAUGAGUCUACCAAAGACACGUUCACCUUAGAGACGCACAGUAAUGAGACGAUAGCAAGCAUCCGGUGGAAGAUAUCCGAGCACUUGAGCUGUCCGGUGGAUAAUGUCCAGAUCUUUGCCAAUGAUAGUGUGUUGACGAUGAACCGGGACCAGAAACUGCUGUCUCAGCUCGGCUUUAGCGACGAGCAGAGCCUGACGGUGAAGAGCUCGGGCACGGGCACGCCUUCGGGAAGCUCCGAGUCGUCCGCCUCGGCCUCCAGCGGGUCCAGCUCGGCCGUCUUCAACUCCGCCUACGCUCUGGAGCAGGAGAAGUCCCUGCCUGGCGUUGUUAUGGCGCUGGUGUGCAAUGUGUUUGAGAUGCUUUACCAGCUGGCUAACUUGGAUGAAACAAGGAUCACUCUCCGUGUAAGAAAGCUGCUCCUCCUGAUCCCAACAGAUCCCGAGGUGCAGGACGCUCUCGACAACUUUGUCCCCAAAGAAUCCAGCGUAUGGAGCCAUCAGAAGACGUUGUUCACCCUUGGCCAGGGGACCGGCUCUCGCUCACCAUCGACGGCUUCUAAAAAUCAGCAUCAGCCCAGCGCCGCGUCCAUCCUGGAGUCCCUGUUCAGGUCCUCGGCCCCUGGCAUGUCCACCUUUCGAGUGCUCUAUAAUCUGGAGGUGCUGAGUUCCAAACUCAUGCCCACGUCUGAUGAUGAGAUGGCGAAAACAAGCAGCAAGUCCUUCUGUGACAACUUCCUCAAAGCAGGAGGCCUCAGUCUGGUGGUGAAUGUUAUGCAAAGAGACUCCAUCCCUUCAGAAGUGGACUACGAGACCCGACAAGGCGUCUACUCAAUCUGUCUUCAGUUGGCCAGGUUCCUUCUGGUUGGCCAGAGCAUGCCCAUGGCCCUGGAUGAUGAUGUCAUCCGGGACGGGGAUGCGCUGUCGUCCCGCCCGUUUCGCAACGCGGGCCGCGCCGGCCGCCAGCUCUCUCUCUGCGCCACACCGGAGAAGUCCACCUACAGACAGAUGUCGCUCUCUGAGCGCUCAUCCAUCAGAGUGGAGGAGAUCAUACCCGCUGCCCGUGUGGCUAUUCAGACCAUGGAGGUGGGAGACUUCACCUCUACCGUGGCCUGUUUCAUGCGACUGACCUGGGCGGCGGCGGCGGGGCGACUGGAUCUCGUCGGCAGCCCGCAGCCAAUCCGAGAGACCCACGGCUCGCUUCUAUCUCAAGGAGUGCGCACCAGAGUCAGUAGCACAGGAAGUAACUGCAGCUCCAGCAGCGAGGGAGAGACCACGCCCACCGCGCUGCACGCCGGCAUUUGCGUCCGGCAGCAGAGCGUCUCCAUAAAAGACGCCAUCAUCGCUCGCGAGGCUCUGUCGCUCCUGGUCACCUGCCUGCAGCUACGUUGUCAGCAGCUGUCUUCUUUUUACAACCUGCCCUCUGUGAACGACUUCAUCAUUGACGUGUUGCUGGGAUCUCCCAGCGGAGAGAUCCGCCGCGUGGCCUGCGACCAGCUGUACACUCUUAGCCAGUCGGACACGUCCGGCUUUGCCGACGUGCAGAAGCCCAACUUGUUCCUGCUCUCUGUCAUCCUCACCGCUCAGCUGCCACUGUGGAGUCCCACGUCGGUGAUGAGGGGAGUCAACCAGAGAUUGCUGUCGCAGUGCACGGAAUACUUUGACCUGCGAUGUCAGCUCCUGGAUGAUCUAACAACUUCGGAGAUGGAGGCGUCGCACGUCAUCACCGCCACCAUGCUGGAGGACGAAAUCUCUUGGCUGGACAAUUUUGAGCCCAGCUGGAGCUCAGAGAUGGAGACCAGCGAGGCGGACAACAUCCUCCUGGCGGGACACCUGCGGCUCAUCAAGACCUUGCUCUCACUUUGCGGCAAAGAGAAGGAGCAUCUCGGCCCGUCGCUGAUCCAGCAGCUGUUGGAUGACUUCCUGUUCCGAGCGUCACGCAUCAUCAUCAACACCUCCAAUUCCACCGCCUCCCCGGCCCCCAGUCACGAUUUCCACCCAAAGUGCAGUACGGCCAGCAGCCGUCUGGCGGCCUACGAGGUCCUGGUGAUGCUGGCCGACAGCUCCCUCUCCAACCUGCGACUGAUCACCAGCGAGUUGCUCUCCAUGCACCACCAGUCCGACCCGUCGCUCUGUAAAGAGUUUGAUUAUCUUCCUCCUGUAGAGAGCCGCUCCGUUUCGGGUUUUGUGGGUCUGAAGAACGGCGGAGCCACGUGUUAUAUGAAUGCCGUUUUCCAGCAGCUUUACAUGCAGCCGGGUUUACCAGAGGCGUUCCUGUCGAUCGAGGACGACACAGACCAGCCCGAUGAGAGCGUCUUCUACCAGGUUCAGUCUUUGUUUGGUCACCUGAUGGAGAGCAAACUGCAGUACUACGUCCCGGAGAACUUCUGGAAGAUCUUCAAGAUGUGGAACAAAGAGUUGUACGUGCGAGAGCAGCAGGACGCGUACGAAUUCUUCACCAGCCUGGUGGACCAGCUUGAUGAACAUCUCAAGAAAAUGGGCCGAGAGCAAAUCUUCAAAAACACCUUUCAGGGCAUCUUCUCCGACCAAAAAAUCUGCAAAGACUGCCCUCAUCGGUACGAGCGGGAAGAGACCUUCAUGGCGCUGAACCUCGGCGUGACCUCUUGUCAGAGUCUGGAGAUCUCACUGGACCAGUUUGUCCGAGGGGAGGUUCUGGAAGGCAGCAACGCUUACUACUGUGAGAAAUGCAAGGAAAAGAGGACCACUGUGAAGAGGACGUGCAUCAAAUCGCUCCCCAGCGUUCUCUGCAUCCAUCUCAUGCGCUUCGGCUUCGACUGGGAAAGCGGACGCUCCAUCAAAUACGACGAACAGAUUCGGUUCCCCUGGGUGCUGAACAUGGAGCCGUACACCGUGUCGGGGAUGGCGCGCCAAGACUGCAGCGGCGAGGGCGGCGAGGGCCGAGGCGACGGCACGUCUGGCGGCUCGCCCAGGAAAAAGGUCACCAUCUCGGAGAACUACGAGCUGGUGGGCGUAGUGGUCCACAGCGGCCAGGCGCACGCCGGCCAUUACUACUCCUUCAUCAAAGAUAGACGCGGCAGCUCGCGAGGACGUUGGUACAAGUUCAACGACAACGUGGUGGAGGAGUUUGACAUGAACGACGAAACUCUGGAGUACGAGUGCUUCGGAGGAGAAUACCGCCCCAAAGUUUACGAUCAGUCCAAUCCUUACCCGGAUGUGAGGAGGAGAUACUGGAAUGCCUACAUGUUGUUUUAUCAGAAAAUCAGCGAUCAAAACUCGCCCGUCCUGCCCAAAAAAAGCCGGGUCAGCAUCAUGAGGCAGGAAGCAGAGGACCUCACGCUGUCCGCUCCCUCCUCGCCCGACGUGUCGCCGCAGUCGUCCCCCCGCCCCCCCAGGGCCAACAACGAUCGCCUCACCCUGCUCACCCGCCUGGUCCGCAAGGGUGAGAAGAAAGGCCUGUUUGUGGAGAAGAUGCCCACCAGCAUCUACCAGAUGGUGAGGGACGAGAAUCUCAAGUUCAUGCGGAACAGAGACGUCUACAACAGCGACUACUUCAACUUCACGCUCUCGCUGGCGUCCGUCAACGCGACUAAACUGAAGCACCCAGACUACCAGGCCAUGGCCAAAGAAAGUCUCCAGCUGGCCGUCCAUUUCCUCUUCCACACCUACCUGCACACCAAAAAGAAGCUCCGCGUGGACACCGAGGAGUGGAUGGCCACCGUGGAGGUGUUGCUGUCCAAAAGCAGCGCGGCUUGCCAGUGGAUGAUUCAGUACCUGGUUGGAUCGGAGGGACGGGAAAUGACCAGGAUUUGUCUUCUGGAAUGCGGCAUGAGGGAAGUACGGGUGGUGGUGGCGUCCAUCCUGGAGAAGACCCUGGAGAGCGCGCUGCACUUUGCCGACCCGGGUCUGGACGGGCUGACGGACGCCCUGCUCUCGCUGCUGGACAAGGACGUCCCUGAGAACGUGAAGAACUGCGCGCAGUACUUCAGCCUCUUCAGUAACUUCUCUCAGAAGGUAACGACGGCAAUUUCACACGUCGUGGUUUCCAUACAAUUGAAUUAUUUUUUUUCCACUCAGGGUUGUGAAGCUUGUCAACUGUUGUUGAAGCACUCGGCCUAUCGCCGGAUGCUCCUUUUCCUUUUGGGACCUAAUCGCCAAAACAAUCAGAACCGGCGGUGGAGUCCGGCACAGGCUCGAGAGUUUCUCCACCUCCACAGCACUCUGGCGCUCAUCACAAUGCACUCGGACCUCGAUUCCCAGCGGACGCACUCUCCGGAAGGGUUCUGCCUGCGUGUCGGCAGCAUCCCAUCCUCCACGCCGCUCCUGCCUCUCCACCCGGACAUCCUGGCAAACAUCUUCACCCCAGAGGGACAACCCUACCUUCUCGAGGUGAUGUUCGCCAUGCGAGAGCUGUCGGGUCCCUUGACGCCUCUCAUCAGCAUGGUGACCUACUGCUCCUACUGCAACGAGCCUUUCUCCUUAGGGGUGCUUCAGCUCCUCAAGACGCAGCUGGAGACGGCACCGCCUCACGAGUUGAAGAACAUCUUUCACAUGCUGCAGGAGCUUCUGGUGGUGGAGGACCCGCUGCAGUCCCAGAGGCUCAAGUACGCUUUUGAGUCGGAGAAAGGCCUGCUGGCUUUGAUGCACCAGAGCAACAACGUGGACAGCAGACGUUGCUACCAGUGUGUCAAGUUCCUGGUCACCUUGGCCCAGAAGUGUGUUCCAGCCAAGGAUUAUUUCAAGGAUUUAUCUGGUCACUGGAGUUGGGCAGUGCAAUGGCUCCAGAAGAAGAUGACAGAACAUUAUUGGACGCCGCAGAGUAACGUGUCCAAUGAGACGUCAACCAAUAAGAGCUUCCAGCGCACCAUUUCGGCGCAGGACACGCUGGCGUACGCUACGGCCUUGUUGAACGAGAAGGAGCAGUCGGGCAGUAGCAACGGCUCCGACGGAAGCCCCGCCAACGAGAACGCAGAGCGCAGCCUAAGACAGGGAUCCGAGUCUCCUAUGAUGCUCGGCGAUUCUAAGAGCGACCUGGAGGACGUGGACCCUUAAUCUCCUUUUGAGGGCAGACAAACCCCUCCGGAAGGCGCCCGGGCCGAGCUCCACGCAUCCCCUCAGCCAUCCCUAAUUCGGGGUGCAUUUAUUGCCCGAGGACGUUUUAAGGAAAAAAAAGAAAGAAAAAAAAACGAAACCACCAAUCGGAACAACUUGAUGCAGAAAAGAGGAAUAACGUACAUGUGAGGAAAAACCGAGAAAAUCGUGAAUGACUUCCACUGAUUUAUAAGGGCAGUUUGGAUUAAAGGGGAAGCUGCCGAUCUUCCUCCAUCCAUCAUCUUUUUACAGCGAGGGAAUGGUGGGGCAUUUUACCCUUUGUCGUUUUACACACACACACACACGCACACACACUAGCCAAUAACAUUUUGUCGCAUAGAUGUAAGAUAAUGUUUUAAAAAGUCCUCUAGAGGAACCUCGACGUGAACACACACAGACACACACAAGCACUUGCUUGGCGGGGGGGGAGGGCGUCUUGAUGGGGGGGCGGGGUCUUAAGUCUGCACUUUAUUUGUUCACUACGCGCUUCCUCUAGAGCCUCGUCGCCUUUUUGUGUGCUUUCUCUGCUCAUUUUAACACUACUACUCAGUACUAAGCACACAACACGCUUUUAUUUUAUUUUUUUUAAUAUGUGCGCUCUUUUUUUGUUCUUUUACGCUCUCCAUCACCUCUUUGGGCUCGGGUGCGAGCCUUAUGCAAGAAACAGAAUAUUUGUAAAUGCCAAUGCCUCACACUUGCACGCACACACAGGCCAACAUCAAAACCACACGCUAACGUUACCUCUGCCAUGCUUUUAUUUGCAUUUUUGUGUCUUUGGUGCCAUCUACAAUAUACACACGCUCAUACACGCUGUUACCUCGGCCAAGCUUUUAUUUGCCUUUUUGUCCGGUGCAGUCUUGAAUGGAUACGCACGCUCACACACACACAAACACACACACACACACACACAGAAAGACUUGUAGCUUUGACUCAAUAACGCACAUACACAUGUGUAGCCCAGUUAUCGGGAGUUCCGAAGUGCCUUAAUCUCCCGAUAACUCCAACUGUCACCCCCCUCCCUCCCCUGCCGCACAAUGGCGUUGUGUGUGCUGGGGAAGGCUUCAGCAGAUCAAUGUUUACACGGCGAGGACUUAGGAAGCAAUUUCAAUGGUCAUGUGAUCACAACCCCCCCUCACCCACCCGCCACUCACCCAACUACCCUAAUGUGAGGCUUGUGUGUGACAAAAACAGUCCCCUCGUUUGUGUUCAAAGGAAGCAGAAAAAAAUAAAAUACUUGACUCAAUCUUUACUUUUAAUGA